AGAAUAGGAAAAGGCAUUGAAAUCGGCGAUGGUAGGGAAUAUUCGUUGUAUAAAUAGGCGAAAAUGUUUGGUCCUUUCGCAAUCAACAAGUAGCAGGCGAAGAGAAAGAGAAGAAAAAUAAUAAUGUGGUUCUUGUACUUGUGGGAUGAGGAAGAGAAGGAACUGGGUAGGCAACAAGCCCCUGGAACUUGCCCUUACUGUGCAGGCAAGGUUGAAGCCAUGGAUGUUGAGAUCCAGUGGAGACUCUGCUUCUUGCCCAUGUGCUUCAAGCUCAAGAGAAAGUUCUUCUGCACCAACUGCUCUAGACGAUUAGAAUUGUAUUAUUAGUCACACAUAUAUAUAACUCUUUCUUUCUCACACUUUCUUCAUCUACUCAUAAAUAUAUAUAUCUUUUUUUUUACUAGGGAAUACCAGUUUGAGGUUGUAUGGGGUGUUUCAGUUUUGACCAUGCAAGUUUAAGGUUGUAUGGGGUGUUUGAGUUUUGACCAUUUUGGAAUCGCUUCCAAGUUCAAACAUGGUUUCUCUCUGCGUGGAGUUAAUAGUAAAUGGGGGGUUUCUUCUUUGCUGGGAGGAUGACAAAUUGACAACAAUAUGACAUGGUUCUGAAAUGAUUAAUUUAUCUGUAUCUCAAAUGUUGAUGGCUCAACAACUAUAGUGCGUUCUAUAUUUUUCUUA